UCUUUUCCCAUAUAUAUAAAUAAAUCCACUUCACCAUUCUCAUCCAAAAAAAAAACUCAAAACUUCAUUUUUAACAGAGUUUCCUCUAUAAUUUCUCGAAUCAAAAUAUAUAGUUUCUCUCAUAACUUAUUCUGAAUUCUGAAAUAUCCCAAUUUCACAAAAUUUAAAAAUGAUAUUUGAAAACAGCGAAUUUAUGAAUGAUUUUGAACUUCUUGAAUCGAUUAGGCAGCAUUUACUUGAAGAUUGGGAUUCCCCUGUUACAACGGUGUUAAAGCCGUCCGUCAAAAUUGAGCCGGAAGUGAUCGUUAGUUCGCCGGAAAUGUACGAUUUCACAGGAUUUACAGCUCCGGCGACGGAGACGGCUGUGGCGGAGGUGAAAUUGGAAGUGAAAGUGAAAACGGCGGCGGUUAAGAGAACGCCGGCGGCGUUGAAAUCGAUGCAUUACAGAGGAGUAAGACAGAGGCCAUGGGGAAAAUUUGCGGCGGAAAUUAGGGAUCCGGCGAAGAAUGGGGCGAGAGUGUGGCUGGGGACAUACGAGACGGCGGAGGAUGCAGCAUUGGCUUAUGAUAAAGCGGCGUAUCGGAUUAGGGGUUCACGUGCAUUGUUGAAUUUUCCGUUGAGGGUUAAUUCGGGUGAACCCGAACCAGUUCGGGUUGGUUCGAAGAGGUCGUUGUCAACAACCUCUUCGGAGAGUUCUUCUUCGUCAUCGUCAGAAGAUGCAUCUAUGAUGACGAAGAGAACCAAGAAAGUUUGUCAACUUUAUACUUGAGCACACAUUGGUAAAAACAAUAAAAAUGUGGUGAAAUUUAAGAUUUUUUCACCCUAUUAAUUGGUUCGAGUUUAAUUUUUUAUUAUGUUUAUUUUUUGUACAAUCCUUAAAAAGCUUAAGAAGCUUGAUGAUGAAUUAGGAUUCAGGGUGAAGUAUGGUAUCACAACUAUGAUCGUAUCAACUUUUUCUACGAAUAAAAGAAAUUCUU